UGAUUCUUCAUCCAAAUGUGUUUGGUAUGAGUAAGUGAAUAUUUUGAAGAAUUGGCAUUUUCCUUGAUACAGGCCUGAACUUAGUGGUGCAAACGACGACAAUGGGGCGAGCAACCUGGGAAGCAGCAGUGGCCUCGAUCCGCCGGUCGGCGCUCUCCGUCACUCUUGUUAUCUUCUUUCUGAUCCAGCCUUCAAUCUCUAUAUAUUGCGACGAAGACGACUGUUACGAUCUCCUUGGAAUCUCUCAAAAUGCCAAUUCCUCUGAAAUUAAAAAGGCGUACUAUAAGCUUUCUCUGAAAUUUCAUCCAGACAAAAAUCCUGAUCCAGAAUCAAGGGCCAAGUUUGUAAAAAUUGCGAAUGCCUAUGAGAUACUGAAAGAUGAAGCUACAAGAGAACAGUAUGACUAUGCUAUUGCCCACCCAGAGGAGAUAUUCUAUAAUACAGCACGAUACUACCAAGCGUACUAUGGCCACAAAACUGAUCCUCGUGCUGUCCUUGUUGGCCUGCUUUUGAUUCUCUCAUUAUUUCAAUAUCUCAAUCAGUGGACAAGGUAUAAUCAGGCUAUUGACAUGGUCAAGAAAACACCAGCUUACAAAAAUAAGCUGCGUGCUUUGGAACUUGAACGCAGUGGAGGUGUUACAAGUAAAAAGAAGAGCAACAAACCGAUGGAUAAGAAAAUGGAGGAAGAACUGAGUAAGGAACUCAAUCUGCAGAUUAAAGGAGCUGAAAUACCAUCUAUUUGGGAACUUGUUGGAGUUCGUUUCCUGCUACUUCCUUACACUAUUGGAAAGCUUGUAUUGUGGCAUGGUUGUUGGUUGUGGAGGUACACUGUCAAAGGGGCUCCGUACUCUAGGGAAGAUGCUUCUUACUUGACUCGAAGAUCACUUGGUGUUCCUAUUGAUUCAUGGAGAUACAUAGAAGAGUCAGCAAAGGAAGAUCUUAUUCAAAGACGGCUGUGGGAGAAAUCCAACCUUGAGAGCUACCUGGCAGAGUCGCGAAAGGAAUCAAAACGGCGAAGAUAGUUCAUAACAAUUCAACUUGAAAAAUUCUAGGAUGUGAGUAGGUAUUGAUAGUGUAUUUCUCACAUUAAAGGCAAUGAGAUACGUGUAACAUUACUACUUGAUGAAGACCACAUAACUUCUGCCAGAUCCAUCAGUGGAUUGUCAAUUUGGUGAAGUGUAUCUUUUCCAUGUUGAAUUCAUUUUUUCAACAGAACAUAGAAUGCUGCACUUAUAGAAGUUUUGCCAGGCACCCUUUGUGCUGUGUAUUGUUUGUCACAAAUGACAAUUUGCUGAACUCUUACCCCUUACUCCG